CUUAGCCGUAUCAGUAAUGUUUUCGCCGCUCUUCCUUCUGCCACUCUUGGCCUUGGCCGGAGCGGCUAAAGUCCCGCAUACUCAGCACCUAUCGUUGAGGAGCACGGAGCAAGUAGAAAUCCAGCCGCUGAUCAUCGAUGGCUACGAUGUGCAGGGAGUGGACAAUGUGCCCUACUUGGUUUCCCUAUCCCUGACAAAAGCCACCUAUAGCCACCUGUGCGGAGCAGCCAUUAUCGGCAAACGAUGGAUUCUAACGGCUGCUCACUGUGUCGAGGAACUGAUCGAUCGCAAUGGGGACGCAGUGGGAACGCCCGUGUAUGCAGGGAUCGUCAACAGAUCCAACCUAACGGACGCGCAAGUGCGCUAUGUGGACUUUGCAUCAAAGCAUAGGGGUUUCAAUGGAGUCGCCGGAAGUGAUAAUAUAGCCUUGCUGCACGUGUCGGAGAGUUUCGUGUACAGCGCUCGAGUUCAGCAGAUCGCCUUGCCGGACAUCAGCGACGAUUAUAGUGGCAAGACGGCUGCUGCAUAUGGCUGGGGACUCACCGAUGCCGAUGGCGAUGAGUACUCCAAGGAGUUGCAGUACGCCUUUGCUCCCCUGCUCAACAGAACUGCGUGCCAAGAGCUACUGCCAGCUGACGCUCCUCUUUCAGCGGAACAGGUGUGUUCCCAAGUUAAGACCUGUUACGGAGACGGAGGCACUCCACUGGUCUACUGGCCCAUCUCUGGACCCCCAGAGCUGGUGGGUCUGGGUUCCUGGAGCUAUAUGCCAUGCGGCUAUGCCAGUCGGCCCACAGUUUACACCUCUGUGCCGGCUUACGUCGGAUGGAUCUACCAAGUGAUCGCCGCCUACUACCAACUAAACUAAAAGUAGAGAUCUUUGCGUAAUACUCUAGUAAAGUAAACAUCGCGAGUUUCCGUAUCUAAUCACGGAACUCGUUAGCGCAAAUCGAAAA